AUGCAAGAUGAGGAGAUGAACUGGUACUAUGGAGUACUAUGUGAGGUUAUUGGUUCAUUAGAGCCGGACAAGAAAAUACUAGCCAAGCGAAUGAUGGUAAAAACCCAGCUGAUGUUUUCAUUUCCAUUUGCACUAAUUGCCAUCAGCAAUCAGUCACUGGUGAGUGUGAUUGCCUACCCAGGAAAUUCCUGCUCAUGGGUUCUAUGGUCCCUUGUUUGGCUAAUGAGUCUGAUCCGAGGGCCGUGUCUCCAACUGCACAUUCGGCAGGUGUUUAUCAAGGAGGUGGAAGUGGUCUUUGACUUUGAGGUCGUUGGCAUUCCUGUCUCCAGUUCCUUUUCUGUACUUCCUCUUGCUGACCAGUAUUCGUCAAGAGAUAUCUCCUUUCAGACAGGACCUUCUUUUGAGCUGGGUGAUGAUGAUUUGCCGAAGCAGUCAGAACCCAUGCAUCGUAAGCACGUGGCUGGCCCAGUGAAAUUGGUUUCGCAUGAUGAUGGCACCUCCACUUCUUUGCAUGAGGGUGACACGGUGGCUCAGCGGCUGGCACCGUUGCCUCACAGGACCAGGGACCAGGGCUUGAUUCCAACUUGGGUGAAGUUUGUUCCUGGUGUCCACCAUAUCUACCUGGAUCUGAUGGCAGGGAAUGACUGGUAUCUCUGGAAAGGUCAACUGUUACAGUUGGAACUGAAAUUCGACAGCGCCAACCUCUGGGGCGAAAAUACAACAUUUGAGCCGGCUCCGCGUUCACCACGAUCACGGCUGAUCAUCCCACUCCGCCCCCUGCCUCUGCUGAACUCUCCCAGGUCCUUUGCUGUCGCUAGCCCUGUAUCUAACUUCUCGGUGAAAGCAUUCACCAAUCGGCCUCAAGCGCUUUCUGCGGCAGAGAAUACCAUACUCUGGGUGAAGUCAUUUCUCCUCACCUUACAUUGUAAAAUCUCCAUGUGCCUGAUGGAAUGUUCUGGAAAUGUUUGCGGCGCUAGACUUGAUGAGUUCCUCCAGCACUUUCUGAGGCUUGAAGGGCCAAAUGGCCUCCUCCUGCUCCUGUCUUCUGUGUUUCUGUUUUUAUUUUGCCAGACAACGAAGGCAUGCAGUGGGAUGGGCACCAAUAAAGAAGCACAUCAUCAUUGUGGAGAAGGAGAGGAGCACCCCACUCCCCAGCCCGGAACUGCCGGAUGUCCUGAGGGGCCCAGUGAAGCCCGACUGCUAGCCAUGAGGCAUCAAAGUGUCCCCACCACACCACAUUUCCAGGCAUCUGGGAGCAACGAUGCACUGAAUCAGGAAAAGAUUUACUUCUGGAAUGUGCCUUUGCAAAAGAAAUCUGGGAGGAAUGUAGUGGUUUUGUCAAUGUUUGUCUCGAUUAGCUCCAUGACGCAGGACUCUGCUGUUCUGUCUAUUUCCCAGGAUGCACACCAGGACAAACAUCAACUGUGCUUGGAGGACCAUGAACUCUGUAAAAUAUGUUCUUUGGUCUGCCCAAAACUUGUUGGCCUUCCAGAGCAAGGAGUUGAUCUCGACCGAGUGUUGCAGACUGGCACAUUUCCAAGGUCCAGGACUACACGCUAAGGGAUGCACUAAAACUUUGGACAGCGACCAAGGCUCAGUGGGGAAAGGCCACUGCCUGAGGUUUCUCUGCCAAUGUGGUCCGUUGAGUUAUCAGAAACCAGCACCCCCCACCCCCUAAGCCCUAUGCCUUCGAUUAGUAUCUUGGUUUGUUUGUUGGAUAGAGUCAAUCUCUUGUGUUUGUUUUUUGAUAUGUUAUUGUGUAGAACCAAACUGUUUUAGUGACUAUGUGAGUUUAUAAAGACAUUUGUAAAAAUAAAGUGUAGUUUUGAAAUAAAAAAAACUUUCUAUUCACACCCUUUUCAAGGUGGUGGUGCUGGUAUUGUCGGUGUGUUUGGAUUCCUGAACCUGUCUGCUUUCUCUCUCUUUCCUUUUCAACUGUUAUCUUCGUCUUUCUUGUUUUUGUCUUCAUUUUCGAGCCCCGAGCGUUGUUGGUGGGGCACA